GCCAAUUGCGCAUGCGUGGCUGCGUUUCACACGUGAAGCAGACAGCAUGGCUGAGGAAAGAGAAGUGGCGUUAGACCGGGGACAGGUGAAGAAGGCCGUCCAAGCUUUGCAGGCUUUUCUGAAAACCAAGUCGACCCAAGACUCCCUGCUCCUGGACGAGACCCAGCAUGUCAGCCUGCUCUUCACCCUCUGGAAGAUCCCCAAAGCGGCACAGACCAUCCGCAUUCCCCUGCCCCACGGCCAACGGCCUGACACAGACGAUGUUUGCCUCUUCACCAGAGAUGAGCCUAACAUGACCUCAGAACAGACCCAGAGGUUUUAUAAGAAGCUGCUGGAGGAGAAAGGAGUCAAAAACAUCACUGAGAUCAUCCCGUACAAGGUCCUGAGGACGGAGUACAAACCGUAUGAAGCCAAGCGCCGGCUGCUGGGGAACUUCGACAUGUUCCUUUCUGAUGACCGCGUCCGCCGCCUGCUGCCAUCCCACCUCGGAAAACAUUUCUAUCAGAGGAAAAAAGAGCCGCUAGCUGUGAACCUGCAGAGCAAACAUCUGGCCAGAGACAUCCAGAGAGUCAUCCAGGGCACCAGCUUGAAGGUUACCAACAAGGGCUGCUGCUGCAUGGCGCGUGUUGCCCACUCCGGCAUGACUGCAGAUGAGGUGACCGAAAACAUCGAGGCUGCUGUCCAGACAGCGGUGGCCAAACUACGUACGAAACAGAAAGGACCAGUGAUGAAGCUCAUCCAUAUAAAGAGUCAAACGUCAGUGGCCCUGCCCAUCUUCACCUCGGACCUGAGCCACCUCAGCGUGCCGCAGGAGGCAGAGAAACACACUCAGACUCCCAAGAAAAAGGGAGCUGCAGCCAAAAAGCAGGCAAAGAAGAACAAGACAGCGGACGUUAAGCAGCCAGAUACCACCGGAGAGCGAGAGGAAGAAAUCCCACAGCUGGUUCCCAUAUCAACACCGAGCAAAAAGCCUAAACUGGAGAAGCCAGCCAAAGCGAAGCAGCUGGAGAAAGCACCCAAACCUGCCGCAGUGAAGAAAGGAAAAAAAGCACAGAGCAAACUGACCAAGAAGGCCGGCAAGACCGACUCCAAAGUAAAAAGAAAAGUGCCUAAAGUGAAAUGAUUCUCAGCAGAGCAUCUUUGCACAUUACCUUCUCAACAUGGACAUUUUUCACAGUACACACAGGAUCAGAUAGAUGGUCAAUAUAUUAAGUCUGUUUUGUCUUUUUUUUUUGCUUGAAUGAAUCGGAUCAUAAACUUUAUCUGAAAUCUG